GAGAGAAAUAGCAUUGAACAUAUGGAGAUAGUGCCAAGCUUAGAGAACAUUUGUAGGUAUUGCGGGGUUGUUGGAGAAACCGUUCUAGACUAAGAGGGGAAAAGCGAUCUAAAAUACGAUCACAUAAUAGUUGCGGGGAAUGGUAAAUUCAGCAAGGACAUAGAAAUACUUCCCCCCUCAUCUCUUUCAUUUAUCUCGCCAACAUCUGCAGAUUACACAGAUUGACCAAGUACCUUCAUAUUCCCAAUUGCCCGUAUAUUUGUCUUUUCGUGGUAAACAAUGUCUCGUCCGACUCUCGAUCAUAUAGUGAUUCUCAUCCCUCAUGACGAUCUCCUCACUCUAUCCGACCGCCUCCAACCUUACUUUGUUAUAGCGCCAGGCGGAACCCAUGCCGAUGGACUGACCUCGAAUAAAUUGAUUCUCCUCCCGGAUGGAGUGUACAUCGAAUUCAUCGCCUUCGCCAAGGAUGCCGAUCCCGAGCAACGCAGAAAGCAUCGCUGGGGAAAUUUAAAGGAAAACACGAUCAUCGACUGGGCCCUCACAUUGCCGAGCGAGAGCGACUUUGCUGCCGUCCAGCAGCGAGUUCUCGACUCGAGUGCUGGCUUUUCCUACCAAGACCCGAUUCCUGGAGGCCGAAAGAGGGAGGACGGAGUCAGCUUGGAAUGGGCCAUCAGCGCUGCGAGCGAUACCCAAGGCAGUGCAAUCAUCCCAGGGCAUUUGCCGUUUUGGUGCUUCGACAGGACCCCUCGGCACUUGCGGGUGCCCUACCAGGAGCAAUUCGAACUGACCCAGCAUCCCAGUGGGGUGUUAGGAAUAUCUUCGGUCUCUGUGUCUGUUCCGGAGGCACGGGUUUCCGAUCUAUCGACGGUAUAUGAUGCGAUCUACCCCUCCGACGGUUCAACGGGGUUGGCGCCUCGAAACUGGCAUUAUGAGGUUCCCGCGGGAUUGCAAGAAGGAAGGCACACUAUCUCGCUGUCUGCAAAUGAAGGGGAAGCAGCGGUCACACUCACCUUGUAUGGGGAAAUGCAAUGGCAAGUUGAACUUCUGCCAGGGCUUACAGUUACGGUAGAGAGAAUAUAGAUAUGUUCCUCAUUUGUGUGAUGUGUACGUUGGGAAUAGAAUUCAUAGCAAAAUAAGAGACGACACGCACGUGUCCG